AAAUAGAGUAUAUCCCAUGAAACGUGCACUAGAUGUCUCCUAGAGUUGAUUCAAUAAUUUUCCAAAACUCGUAAUUAUUGUUUAAUAAAUAAUUUUUCCUUUUGUGUUCUAUCUCAAGAAUAGUAUCUACCUGUGUAACAAAGUGUAAUUCAUAAAAUUUAAUCCAAUAAUUUAAGUGGUUAGAACAUUAGAGGUGACCUUCAGUAAUUUCAUAGUAAAUCAAGCCACCUGAUUUAGGAAUGAACGCAACCCUUUUUGGUAUAGGUGGUCUAUUUGGGACGAGGGUUGCUUGUCAAGAGGUAGGGUGGUGGUCACCUCAAACGAGCCAAUCCUACCCAGCUUCAUGAAGUGUUCGAUCGAUACGCAUCUAUAGAAAAGAAUGGGGAAAGGUUCAUGACUUCCGAUGAUUUUCUUAGGAAAUAUAUUGGCCUUUUUCCCUCCGAUAAUUAUAAUGCUGAAUCAGUUAAACUACUGGCUGCUAUUUUGGAUACGAACAAAGAUGGACUUAUAUCUUACACAGAAUUUCAAGCGUUUGAAGGAUUAUUGUGUUAUCCAGAUGCCCUUUAUAAAACAGCUUUUCAACUUUUCGACACGAACGGAAACGGAAUGGUUAGUUUUGCUGAGUUUGUGGAGGUGAUGGCCAAAACCGAACUGAACAAAAGAAUACCAUUCAAUAUGAAGUCGCCAUUCGUCGAGUUGUACUUUGGCAGAAAUAAAGAACGAGUAAUAAGUUAUAACGAAUUCAGUCAAUUUUUACACGAUUUUCAUGAAGAGUAUGCUAUUGAGGGAUUUAGACGGGUAGAUGCAGCUGGUAGUGGUUUUAUUUCUGUAACAGAUUUUCAUGAUAUUAUGCUUAGCAUUAAGAGUCACCUGCUGACACCACAAGUUCAAUCGCAUCUUGUUGAGGUAGCAUCUGGAGGAGAGGGUGGUAGACGGAUUAGCUUCCCAUAUUUUAUAGCUUUUAAUUCUCUACUCAAUAACAUGGAACUGGUUAAACGAAUUUAUUUAAACGUCACCUUUGGGAAUCGCCAACAAGAAGUUUCUAAAGAAGAAUUUAUGCAUUCAGCACAAGCGAUGUCGCAGAUGACGCCGUUGGAAGUUGAUAUUUUGUUUCAAUUAUGUGAUAUUUUACAUCAAACAGGACUUUUGUCUAAGGAGGGAGCUUGGAAUGGGCGGAUAAUAUACAGUGAUUUGUACUCGAUAGCUCCGGAACAAUACUUUAAACAAAUUACCAUGAGAUUAGCAGAAUUGAAGGCAGUUUCUAGACCUGAAGAUAGAAGCGUGUUCAUUUCAAUUUUGGAAAGCGUAUAUCGUUUCGCUUUAGGCUCCAUUGCAGGAGCGGUAGGAGCAACUGCCGUUUAUCCAAUAGAUUUAGUUAAAACGAGAAUGCAAAACCAGAGGUCUGGGUCCUUCAUUGGGGAGUUGAUGUACAGAAAUAGUAUCGAUUGUUUCAAAAAAGUUAUUCGCCAUGAAGGUGUGCUAGGUUUAUAUCGUGGUUUAGUGCCACAAUUAAUGGGUGUAGCUCCCGAAAAAGCUAUUAAAUUGACUGUAAACGAUUUAGUACGAGAUAAGUUUGUAGACAAAAAGGGAAAUAUAGCGUUCCAUGGUGAAAUAAUUGCGGGCGCAUGCGCCGGAGGGUCUCAGGUUGUGUUCACCAAUCCAUUAGAAAUAGUAAAAAUUCGUCUGCAAGUCGCAGGAGAAAUUGCGGGUGGUGAGAAAGUUAGAGCGUGGGCUGUUGUGAAAGAUCUAGGACUUUUUGGUUUAUACAAAGGUGCUAAAGCUUGUUUAUUAAGAGAUGUUCCUUUUAGCGCUAUUUAUUUCCCCGCUUACGCACAUACGAAAGCAAAAUUGGCAGACGAAAAUGGUUACAAUCACCCGCUAACGUUACUUUUGGCGGGUGCAAUUGCUGGUAUUCCGGCAGCAUCCUUAGUUACGCCCGCCGACGUUAUAAAAACUAGAUUACAGGUUGUAGCCCGAACGGGCCAGACUACAUAUUCGGGCGUAUUUGACGCAGCUAGGAAGAUUAUGGCAGAAGAAGGGCCCAAAGCAUUCUGGAAAGGCACGGUCGCUCGAGUUUGUCGAUCAUCACCUCAGUUUGGCGUUACUUUACUGACAUACGAAGUUCUGCAAAGGUUAUUCUAUGUUGAUUUUGGAGGAACGAGACCAGCUGGUUCAGAGCUAACCAUCCCAGCGGUAGGCUUAGCUGCAAAGAAACCUACAAAUCCAGACCAUAUUGGAGGAUACUCAGUUGCCGUGCCUAUCUUCUCAGGAAUUGAAUCUAAAUUUGGUUUAUGUUUCCCGAAGUUUAGUGUAUCGAAUAGACUUCCACAGUGAAGUGUUUAAUUUCAAUCAUUUAGUAAUUAGGUAUUAGUGAUGAAUUUAUCUAAUGAUUUUUUAGCGUAUGUGUAGUAAAAUAUAGACUAUCAACAAAUAUUUACGCUCAAUCUCUUUACGUAAAGCAUUUUAAAAUUAUUUGUACAAAAUUAUUUAUUGAAAAUGAGUUUACCUUGC